AUGCGCGAAAUUAUCACACUCCAACUAGGACAGCGCGCCAACUACCUGGCGACACAUUUCUGGAAUCUUCAGGAAUCAUAUUUCACCUACGAUGAAGAAGAGUCCCCUGUGGAUCAUGAUGUUUUAUUCCGAUCUGGGACUGGAGCUGAUGGCUCUGAGACCUACACGCCCAGGACCCUGAUCUAUGAUUUGAAAGGUGCUUUCGGGACCCUUCGAAAGUAUAACGCACUCUAUCAAUUAAGCGAAGAUGUAAACCCCGGGCAAGGGUUAUGGGAUGGACGAGAGAUCAUACAACAGCAGCCGUCUAUUCCUCAAAGCGACUAUCAGAAGAACCUGGACGCAGGGCUUCCUGCCCCGCCACUGUCCGCCGAGACAGUCCGGUACUGGUCUGAUUACAAUAGACUCUUCUACCAUCCCCGUUCAAUUCUUCAACUGAAUGACUAUGAACUGAACUCCAAAGUCAUGCCUUUCGAAGAUUGGGAAAUGGGAGAGGAACUGUUCAAUAAUAUUGACAAGGAGCAUGACCUGCUGGACCGGGAUGUACGACCAUUUGCCGAGGAAUGUGACCAGAUGCGUGGGCUGCAGAUCUUCGCAGGAGCCGACGAUGCGUGGGGCGGUUUCACGGCUAAGUAUGUGGAUAGGCUGAGGGACGAAUACGGCAAAAAGGCAAUGUGGGUGUGGGCUAUCGAAGAUGGUGCCCAGGUCGACCGACAAGCUCGAAAUAAGCGGGACAUCAACAAAGCCCGCUCUCUACAUUCGAUCGCACCCCAAUCGUCCCUAUACACGCCCAUCAUUGACCCUCCGAGUCGCCUUCCAGGGUCCAUCCAUCUUAAUCACAGGUCACAAUGGUACACGUCCGCACUGAUCAGCUGCGCUCUGGAAAGUGUCACCCUCCCUACCCGCCUGCGUGCAUACCACGCCUUUGAGGCGUCUCUGGCAGGAGAUGAUAGCAGCCAUAACAUAUUUGAACUCCAGUCCACGAUAAUUCAAAAUCAGGACAAGUAUCGCCAACAGCAUCCUGUUUCGGCAGGCGUUCCUGAGGACACGGGUGAUCGGGGAUCGCAUCCCGCAGAUGCCCAGACCAAGUUUGACAUAGAUUUCACUUACGAUGGUUUCGAAGGCGAAAGACCCCAUGUGUUCAAUCAACUACUUGUCAUGCGUGGCAUUGAGGAACAAGAGGACGAGUCUCCCUCUUCCGAAGAUACCGGUCUUCAACGGAAGAGGCGCCACUAUGACUCACAGCCAAUGUUCCAAAGCUUCAACACGCCAUUAAAACUCCCCAUUUUGGACAGCUUCCCCCAGGACAUGUUCCGUGAAGCACCAUCUGACCGCAAACUCGGUGUUCUCACUGGGUUGACGACAUCCUCACGCACCGCCGAGAAGAUCAAGUUGAUGGAAACCGUUGCGCGACGGAUCAUCAGCGUCGACGAGCGCGAGACCAUCAUCAACGGGCUGGGGGAGAUUCGGGAGACAUAUGAGACGGGAUGGAUGAGUGGCUCUGAUUCUGACGAUGAAUAA